GACCGCCAACACUCUGUCCAUAGUCAGCCAUUCAAGUGCUGGUUCAGACAGCUCUGGAUUUGGAGGCUGGGGACAUUUGGGUUUGUCUGCUACCUUGGCUGUUCAGUCCCAGUUGGGUGCUUUUCCAGAUUGGUGGCGCACAUAUGAAGCACAUGUCAGAGGAGCAACAGCCUUCUUCCCACAUCUUCUGAGUCUGCCUCCAAUGUUUGCACAGCAUCUCCAGAACCAAGAUCCAGUUCACUUGCAAUCACACAAUUCAGGUCUAAAUGGAAUGGUGAAUGGUAGCAUUGGAUCAGCAUCUCCUGGGAACUCUGUUAUGAACACAAAUUCGUUCCUUGUGAAGGAAAGCAAGAAAAUGACUAAAGUCAGCUGUAGUAGGAGACAAGAACACAGCCAAGACAUGGACCAAAUGGAUAACAGGACCAUUGUGAAAACAAUUGAAAAGAAAUCCAGAAAACAAACCUUAGAGACUUUUGCCUUGAGUGGCAGCCAUGCAGGAACAUCAUCAGAGAGCUCCAGUGAUGGUGAGCAGAGCAGCAGUGAUCCUGAUGACACAGAAGAAGAAGAAGAAGAUCACGAUGAAGUGGGUCAAAGCAAUGACAGUGAGGAGUCUGAUUCACCCGUGAAGGCUCAAGUAAAAAAGAGUGUGAAGCGGCUGACACAGAACACUUCAGACUGGAAAAAGAAGAGAUCUUGCACUGCUGAUGCAAAAGCAGCUCAAGGGAGUCACUAUGUUCUGCCUCAGGAACAUCACCACAGUGUUCCAGGGACUUCCUCGUACUUCAAGCAGACCUUGUCCAACCCUGUUGGCCAAAGUGAUUCCUCAGUGGUGUACCGUCAGAACCUCAGGAUGACAGAAGAACGGCAGCAGCAUAUCAGUGUCAUACAAACUACAGGGUUCGCAGCCACCAACUGUUCAUUAACACAGUCCAAUAUGGAGGGAUCUUCUCUAGCGUCCAACACACCACCCAGCCUGUUUUCUGUCUCUUCACCAAAGCACUUCCCCUUGUCCACACACAAACACAUGCCUCCUUCCACUUCAUCAAAGCUCUUCUGUCAUUCUUCCUCCCCCAAGGACAGUUCUGCCUCUAAUUCUCCCAAGCCUCUUUCUCUCUGUUUUUCGUCUAAAUCCUCAACUCUCAUGUCAAGACCUCCCCUUUCCUCCACUGCUUUCCCCAUAGCACCAACAUUCCUGGCUUCUCAAAAUCCACCACAGACAACCAAAUGUGUGGUGGCCUCUGUCACACAACAUGUUGACAGUGUGAAGAUCAACAGUAAUGAAACCUCAUUACAUGAAAACACUUAUAAACUGAAACAGGACUUCUUCAAGCAGUCUUUCACUCUACCACCUAAAACCCAGGAUUCAAAUAAAAAUGGCAAAGUUAUUGUUUCAUCGUCAUCAGUGAUAACUGCUAAACCUUCUCCAGAUACAAUAAGCAGGCAAAUAAAGUGUGUCCCACACAGCAGUGGCAUCAGGCUCUCCCGAAGCCAUCACCUCAAUGGAAUGACCCCUUCUGCAGUUCAGGAUGCCCCUUUAGCCCUCAUCAUGAAGACUCACAGCCACAACAGAGUAGAUAAUAAAAAGCCCCCUCUCCUGGCCACCAGCUCUCCCUCUCCCAUGCCUGUCAACUUGAGCAUUGGCACCAGAGAGUCACCAGGCAGCUGUGUCACUUCACAAAAACCUUCUGGACCAUCCGGAGUGAUGAUAACUGAGAUUCCCAAGUCUCUGCAUGCAGGAAAAAGCUUGAAUAAAACCAUUUCUCCCUGUCCACUAGUGGACCAAGGCAUCAAAUCUGAUAUCCAUACCAGCAAGGAUUCUGACAAUUCUUUAGGGGAUGAUGAGAAUGAUGUAGAAGAUGAAGAUUCUGGCAGUAGUUUAUCAGAGUCUGACAGCAAUCUGGAGAGUGACUCUGAUGGCUCUGAGGGGCAUUUGAAAGCACGUGGUGAGACUGAGGCAGAUGAUGCAAGCAGGGGUCGUGCAAGACUUGGCAAAGUCUUCUUGUUCCCUCACAGGUCCUUCAUGGGCCUUUCAACCAACUCCUCUGCACUUGACCUGCAGUUCAUCAAGUCCCAUAGUCUACCCAUCCUUGCUACCCCCAACCCAAAGACCGGCUUUAGGUUGUUGAGCAACCACAGUACUUCAUCUCCAUCCUACACAUUUUCAAAAAUGCCAGGAUCAGUGGCGAGAAGGAGAAUAACUGAUGAGAGAGUUCUGCAGUUACCACUUGCAUUUGGAUGGAAGAGAGAAACCCGUAUUAGUACAGUGGCGAGUCGUCGACAAGGAGAAGUUGUUUACUUUGCACCAUGCGGGAAGAAGCUGCGUCAGUAUCCUGAUGUAAUAAAGUAUUUACUCAGAAAUGGAAUAACUGAAAUCUCACGGGACAACUUCAGUUUCAGUACAAAAAUAAAAGUUGGUGACUUUUAUGAAGCCAAGGAAGGGCCAGAGGGUCUACAGUGGUUCUUGUUGUCUGAAGAGGAGAUUGCUCCCAGUAUCGUAGCACUGGAUGGGAGGCGCAUCCGUCGCACAAAAACAGAGCAGAAACUGACGGUUGAUGAAGCUGAUGAUGGGCAAUUGAAGGGUCAUUCUGCUGCUGUUGGUGAAUCUAAUUUACAGGUUGUCAGCAAUGCCAAGUUACAACAGAAACUGGAAACUAAAGAUACAGCUCAACGGGCAGCUCAGGUCCAAAUGAUGAGAAAACUUGAGAAACAAGCGUUGGUGCAGGCCGUUAAGGAAGCGAAGCGACAACAAGCAAUAAUGAUUGCUGAGGAGAAGCGUAAAAAAAAGGAACAGAUGAAGAUUCUGAAACAGCAAGAGAAGAUCAAGCGCAUUCAGCAAGUUCGUAUGGAGAAAGAACUCCGUGCACAGCAAAUCCUUGAGGUGAAAAGAAGAAAAAAAGAAGCUGCAGCUAAUGCCAAAAUAUUGGAGACUGAGAAAAGAAACAAGGAGAAGGAGAUGAGAAGAAUGCAAGCAGUUGUAUUAAAACACCAAGAGUUGGAGAGGCAUAGACUAGAUAUGGGGCAGGAGAGACGCAGGCAGCACAUGAUGCUCAUGAAGGCUAUAGAAGCCCGUAAGAAAGCAGAGAAUAAAGCUCAUUUGAAGCAAGAAAAGAAGGAUGAAAAGCGAUUAAACAAGGAGAGGAAACUGGAGAUCAGAAGACUGGAGCUGGAAAAGGCAAAGGAGCUGAAGAAACCAAAUGAGGACAUGUGCUUAGCAGAUCACAAGCCCCUUCCACAGUUAUCUCCUCUCCCAGGCCUGGUCUUAUCAGGAAAAACCUUCUCUGACUGCCUGAUGGUUCUGCAGUUUCUGCACCGCUUUGGCGAGGUGCUAGGAUUAGACAUACGCGCAAAAGUACCCAGCCUACAUGAGCUUCAAGCAGGGUUGCUUAACACUGGGGACAAUAUGGGUAAGGUGCAGGACCUGCUGGUGAGCAUGCUGUCUGCAGCUGUGUGUGAUCCCGGUGUAGCCCCAGGUCACAAGAGCAAGACGGCUCUUGGGGACCACCUGACCAGUGUGAAGAUAAACAGAGACAAUGUUUCUGAAAUCCUGCAAAUAUACAUGGAGGGUCAUUGUCAGCACACAGAGUUGGCCGAGCUGGCCCUCAGCGUCCAGACCAAAGCUUUUCAGGCCCACAUCCCUUCACAGAAAGCCACCAUACUAGCAUUCCUGGUUAAUGAGCUCUGCUGCAGCAAGGUCGUGAUUAGUGAGAUUGACAAAACCAUAGAUCACAUGACCAGUCUGAGGAAGGAUAAGUGGGUUAUUGAGGGGAAGCUUCGCAAACUGAAGAGCAUCCAUGCCGACAAGACAGGGAAGAGAGAGACCAGUGUGGGAGGAGAGGAGAGACAAAACUUUGCCGUCCCCCUUGCCAGACAGAAAUGUAAGAGAAAAGAUGGAGACAGUGAGGAGGAGGAAGAUGAGGAUGUGGACAGUGAAGAUCAAGCAGAUGAUGAUGAUGAUGUGCAGGAAAUGAAAGGAAAGAAAGUACAUACAUGUGAGGAAGAGGAUGACAGUGAUCACACAGCCAGCGUGGAGGAACUGGAGAAACAGAUGGAGAAAACAUACAAGCAACAGAGUCUGAUAAGACAGAAACUGUUUGACUCCUCUCACUCACUGCGCUCGAUGAUGAUUGGCCAAGACCGCUACAGGAGGCGUUACUGGGUGUUGCCACAGUGUGGAGGCAUCUUUGUGGAAGGCAUGGAGAACAGUGAAGGUUAUGAAGAGGAGCUGAAGAAGGAGAUGAAAGGGACGAAUCAUGUGGUGAAGGUAAAAGAGGAGGAGCUAGAGGAGAUGAAGAACACUGAGCAGCCAGAGAAGAUGAAGGAGAUAGUGGUCUCCAGACCAGCUUGGAUCACAGAACAGGGAGGAGCCAAACCACAGGACCAGCAUAACAACAACCUUUUCAGUUUUUUCCUUCAGAAGCCUGACUGCUUUUCUAAACUGGGCAAACUCUUUGAAGUAGCUAAAGAGACUCCAGAGGCAGCCACUAGUCCUCAAAAAAGCCAAAACACUGAAGCUAUGAAACUCUCAACCGCUGUAUCACAUCCCUUAUAUCCCACCUCAAAAUCGGGAUUGUCCUGCAGCGUCCCAUCUGAUGCUUCUCAUAUGAAACUGAGAGAAAAAACAAAUACUUUUCUUCCACAUCUGCAAAGUGCCAACAAGCACAGAAACAUUCCCUGGAUGACCUGCAGCUCCCAAUCCAUCCUUCCUGACCAGCUCCCCAAGACACUUGCAGGAAAAAGCAGCCCGUGGUUUAGCCUCUUGCCUCGCUCUCCUUGCGAUGACUCCUCCGUUACACGCGGCUCCAUCCUUCAAACACCCUCUUCCUCUCCAGAAGAUCCCAUAGCUACAGCUAACUGCAGCAUCCUUGCUGGAACCAAUACCAUGCAGUUGUCUGUACAUAAUGUUCACGAAAAACCUGGCAUUCAUCAAAGCAGACUUCCACUCUGUGGUAUGCCCAGAGCAGUGAUGAGUUCCACCCCGACCUUUCCCAGCAGUUAUCUGCCCCCCAUGUUGGAUUUGGCCUACCACCAUGCAGAGGGUCAUGGGGACAAGCCCUUCCUGGCAAAUAACAACUUUCUCAGUGAGAGUGAGAUUUCGAAGCCCCUGAGUGUUGAGCCUUCUUAUGCUUCAUUCCCUGCUUUGGAGGGCUCCAAGACCCAGGACUACCCUCAUCCUCAGCCUGUUCCUGAGGCGAUGGUGCGAGGCUGGUGGAGGGUGUCAGACAUGGACGAACUACACAGUCUGAUGGAAGCUCUACAUACCCGAGGGAUCAGAGAGAGGGUCUUGCAGAAACAGUUUCAAAAGCAUAUGGAGUAUGUGACCCAGUUCUGUUCUAACAGUAAAGACGCAGUGAUCGAUGCAGAAGAGCUGGAAAAACAGGAGGUGAGUGAGGAGACGGUAAAGAGCUGGUGUGUUGAGGAGCAGGCCAUGGAAGUGGACCUCAGUCUGCUGCAGCAGGUUGAAGUUCUGGAGAGAAAAGUCAUCUCUGCUAGUCUGCAGGUCAAGGGCUGGAUGCACCCUGACCCAGAGUCACACAGGGAGGAUCUGGUUUAUCAUGAGCAUAAACCCUUCUGUUGCCUGGCUGUGAACAAGACAAGGUGGAGAGACGUUAUCCAACUGGAAUGUCGUGGCAGUGUGGUGCGGCGUCCAAACAAUCCUCUUGACAUAGCUGUCACCAGGCUGGCAGAGCUGGAAAGGAACAUCAAGCAAAGCAGUGAGGAGGAGUCCUCUCCAGGUAUGAGGCUGUGGCGCAAAGCCCUCAGUGAAGUCCGCAGCUCUGCGCAGCUCUCACUCUGCCUGCAGCAUCUGCAGAAAUCUAUCGCGUGGGAGCAAGCUGUCGUUAAAGAGCACUGUCAGCUAUGUCACAGGGAGGAUAACGAGGAUCUGCUCUUACUUUGUGAUGCCUGUGAUAAAGGCUGCCACACCUACUGCCACAAUCCCAAGAUCACUACAGUCCCACAGGACGGGUGGUUCUGUCCCAGUUGUUUAGCAAAGGAAAACAGUCACUCCCGGUCACAGCAGAGCCGGACAGCCAGGGGCCUGAAGAAGGGCAGUGAGGUCAAAGGUCACAGUAAGACUUUAGUGGCAGCGGAGCUUCUCAACAAUGAAAUCAUCAGCACCCCUAACAUCUGCAAUGUUUCAAAGAAAGGUACUAAGGAGUUCAGAAAGAGGAAAGGAGAGGACAGCCCACCCAGAACCAGGAAUGACAGCGCCACCUGCUAUGCAAAAAAAGGAAGAAUAGACAAAGAUGAUGUCAGCAAUCAGCUGGCGAUGUGCUGGGAUCUGCUGGCUGAACUGGAGGUCCAUCAGGAUUCGUGGCCCUUCCUCAUGCCGGUCAACCACAAGACUGUGCCACGCUACAGGAAGGUCAUCAAGAAACCCAUGGACUUCUCCACAAUCAGAGAUAAACUCCACAACAACCAGUACUUGACCGUGGAGACAUUCAUCGGUGAUGUGAAUCUGGUUUUUGAUAACUGUAAAAAAUUUAAUAAAGAUGCUUCAGAAAUUGGACAAGCAGGUCACAGAAUGAGAAGAUUCUUUAUUAAACGAUGGACAGAAGUGCUCAAGCAAAAAUGACUGUGGACUUUUUAUUGUUUACACGUCAGCCUCCUCUUCUGAUGAUUGUUCGCGAUGCUACUUCUAAAUAGUAAUUCUGGAUAUGGAGGAUCCGUGCAUCGUAAAGGGAGAAAUGUUCCUACUGCUUUCUGGUAGGUGUUUAGUUGGGUGAAUAUGUUAAAGUGCAAUACUGUUUUCCUCAUUUAAAGCACUGACUGUUCUCAAUAAAUAUGGAAUUAAACCUUUUGUGUAGUUGGGCAAUUCUACUGUAAUUGAAUUACAAUGUUAGCAAAAUCUGGCCAUAUUUUAUCUUUAAAAUGUGCUCUGAUUGUAAUGUGAUUUCCUUAGAAUGACCCAUUUAGGGUUUAUUUUCGUUUUCCAUGCAGUUGAAUAUGUUUAUUUGGCCUGUGUUUAUGUUUUCAGCCUCUUUUCUAACUAAAUGUCAGGAUCUCUUUAAAAUGUUAAAUACUGAAUAAAACAUUGAAGAUUUUUAUAGGUUUUUGACUUAACAGUAGCAGAUAUUCUGCUGUUAAAGGGACACUUGAUAAUGUUGAACUUGAAGCUGGUUGGAUGACAUCUAGUGGUAAGGUAUUGCAGCCCAUCCAAUUCUCCCUACCCCAUAUAGUCACAUCCAGGGUUCACAACCUUACACAUAUUUCAAAGUUCCACAACUAUCAUUAAACAUCCAAUUGCCAUUGUCAUCUUUGUGUCUUUUGAUUAUUUCAUUUGUCCAGUCACAGUCAAUGAGCUGGUAAACAUAGACAUCGCUAACAGCUAGCAGUGCUAACUGUUUCAAGUCCUGUGUCCACACCGGG